GUCUAUUUUCAGUUACCACCAAACUGUUCCUUGAGGAAGAAAACAAUUUUGUUGGAGUGGUCAAAUGCGUUUACGCUCUUUAAGAGUCUCUUAUUUUUUGCUCUCUUUUUGUUCGGUCAUUAAUAUUUAAAUCUGCUUUGUCAGACAUUAUCAUUCUACAUAUAUUGUUUUUGAACUAUUUAUUGUUUGAGGUUCUAGUAUAGAGUAAAGCAUUUGCUUUCAUUAUUUGGUUUCGUAUAUCACUAGACAUUUAUCAUUCUUUACCUUGCAUUGUUUUGUCACACCGUCUCAAAGCGUUCGGCCAUCAUUUUUCGCCAGAAAGCAGUUCUAACUUAUUUAAUUAUCGAUAUAGAGACUCUCGUUACUACUUAAUUGCCGUCGUAUAUAUUUGUCACAUAUAGGUUUAUUCUUAAUAAUGCGUGCCUUGCCAUAUGUCACUGCUGCCACCGUGAUCGUAUUUAUGAUCAUUGGAGGUGCUUGGUGGAACCACAAUCUCGAUAAUCGCUUGCAGUCAGAGGUAAACAAGAUUUUGGACAAACAGAAAUCGAUUUUUGUAACACCCACUGCCACACUUACAAACACGGAGACCGAUACAGUUCGUACCACAUUGGAUAGGACUAUAAGCCAAACUGCUACAACUACAGAAACAGUUACUGCUACUCCUUCAGCUACUCCCGUUAUUCAUCAGUUGGAGCAGACUAAUCCCCAUCCCGACAACUCAAAAAUUGUCAUCCUUAUGGGUAGCAAUUUCCAUAAGCAGGAUGGUCCUCUUAAUAAAUAUGCGAAAUCCAUUAUAAAAAAUCGUCGUGAAUAUGCUGAGCGCCAUGGUUUCAUAUUCGAAUUUUUAGAUGCAAGUGAAUAUGCUGCUAAAGUUACAGGUCACUUGUACCCAUGGGUCAAAGUUCCCAUGCUUAAGGAUACAAUGGAUAAGUAUCCUCAGGCCGAGUGGAUUUGGUGGUUGGAUCAUGAUGCACUUAUUAUGAACAAGGAUGCGAACAUUGUUGAAACUCUCCUUGAUCAUGAGAAGCUUAAUAGCCUUUUGACUCGUGGAGCUGAAUACAAGAGUGGUGCCGGUAUAGAAACCGAUGGCUUUUAUACACCACAACAGCAAGAAGCGCAAGAUGUCCAUUUUAUUAUGUCUCAAGAUUUCAAUGGAAUUAAUGCGGGAAGUCUUUUUGUCCGUAAUAGUGAAGUCGGUCGUUGGAUUGUUGAUAUUUGGUUUGAACCUUUGUACCUGGAUCAUAUACAGGGUUACGCUGAACAGCAGGCAAUUUCACACAUGAUUUAUUAUCAUCCAAUAGUCCACAAACAUGUUGGUCUUGUUCCAUUACGAACAAUCAAUGCUUAUGACUUUUAUGACGACCCAACUUGGUCAUGGCAAGAAAAUGAUAUUUGCAUUCAUUUUGCUGGUUGCAACUUCUUCCAUAACUGUCCCGAAAAGUUUGAAAAGUAUGCCAAGAUACUCACCGAUAAACAAGGUGAUGAUUGGUUAGACGUAGAGGAAAAGGAGUUUAUUAAACAACGGAUAUCUGCUCAAUAAUCUCGUUAGCAUCAAGUUUGAACUAAGUUCGGUCGAUUAUAGUAUACUGAGAUAAUUGUUGUUGGUUUAAUGUUGUCCACUUUAUUUCACAACUUUCUCCUUAGUGCGACGGCCGUCGAUAUCUAAGAUUUCCAAUGAAGAGUUGGAUUUCUUCACUUCGACUCUAUUUAUAUAACUAUCUUGAAUAUUAAACCAUCUCUUGAUUUAGAACUCCUCUGAACAGUUUAAUAAUAUUUUUGUUGAUUGAAGCCGUGAUAGGCGUCUUUUUACUUGUACCAGCUUUCAGGCUUAUCUCAAGGUACCGUUCAGAUCGUCUUGCCUGUCUUCAGAAUGAUUAAAUGAAACAAGUCUAGCUUUUUGUAACCACUACAGCAUAGUGAGUUUAUAAAGCGCUGAGACAAUGAAAUACUUGAUCUAAUAUGACUGAAGAAGGAAUAAGAGUGACAGGGAACGCUCAUACUGUUCAUGAGACGUGAAGCAUUUGUUUAAAUAGUUAAAGUACUUUGUGAAACGGUUUAAUUCAGUUUAACCAGCCAGCGAAAUGUUUUAUACGAUCACUGCUGAAGAUAUAUAAGUUUUCUUGACUUGGGGGUUUCAAGCAUUAUAGAUGAGGCGAGUGUGCCAUAGUUGACCUCAAUCUUCAAAACUGGUGAAUUGCUAUACUCUGAGGGAACUUAUAAAAUACUUCAAAAAGUUAAUUAAUUGAGCAUAUCAAUAAGCAUAACGGAAGAUAAUAUUAUAAGCGUAUGAGGCAUAAGUUGUGUCUAUGAA